AUGCCUUGUCAAAGCGACUUGCACUUUGGAAGGACGGUGAAAUCAGUAAGCUAAUACGUGAAGAACGAAUCAUACAAAGUUGUAUUGGAAAAUUUAAAGGAUCAAACCACCCCGAUAAAGCUAAAGUCUUUGCUAAGCUUGUGCUAGAAGGUCAAUCAACUCAGCCCUUCGCUUCCUGAGUGAAACCUCAAAUGGCGGCGUGUUAACUUUAACUGACGAUGUAAUGACGCAAUUAAAAUAGAAGCAUCCUGAGCCACAACCAGCAAAGCUCGGAUCGGUAUUAUUUGGCGAGAUACCCGAAUCUAUUUACUCUAUACCCGAAUCUAUUUACUCUAAUGACGAGAUACCCGAAUCUAUUUACUCACAGAUCAAUGGUGAGAUGGUUAGACAAGCCGCUUUGAGAACAAAAGGAUCCGGAGGCCCGUCUGGUGUCGAUGCUAACGGCUUUAGAAGAAUGUUGGCAUGUAAGUCCUUUAAGCAAUCAUCUACAAGACUGUGCGAAGCUAUAGCCAGAAUGACCAAGACUUUGUGCACACAAUAUAUCGAUCCUACCACUAUUGAAGCAUUGAUUGCUAGUCGUUUAAUUCCCCUAGACAAAGGCGAAGGUGCGGUAAGACCUAUCGGAGUAGGAGAGGUAAUAAGGAGGAUAAGUGCAAAAUGA